CACGGUGCCUAGCUGAACUCAAAGUUAGAGGCUACUCAGUUUGAUCUGACCUGAGUCGUAGAUAGAUUGGGCACAAGUUACUCUUCCUUUUGAUAACGGCAGACGAAAGAAGCGCCGCAAAUAUGUCAGACACUAAAGAUCUUGAGGAUAUCAAUGAGGAGGAUAUUGACGAGGAUGAGCUCCUUGCUAUGCUUUCACCUGAGGAGCUUAAGGAGCUCCAGAGUGAGAUGGAUGUUAUCAUUGCCCCAGAUGAGACAGUACCGGUGGGACAGAGACAGAAGGACCAGACGGAGAAGCUUCCGACAGGGACAUUCGACCACAGAUCCCUGGUUGGUUACCUCUACUGGGAGAAAGAGUCCAAACGUAUGCUUGAGGAGGAAAGAGUGCCUGCUACUCUGCUGCCCAGUGAGAAAACUUUGAGAGACGAAACUGAAAAGAAAAAUGAAGAAGAAGACGUGGAAUAUGAAGUGAUAGAGGAAGUCAUUGAGGAAGAAGCUGUAGAUGGUGUAGAUGGAGAGGAAAUUAUAGAGGAAAUCAUUGAAGAAAUCGUUGAAGAGGUUGAUGAAAAGGAUGAAAAGGACGAAAAGGACAAAGGGGUGGAUGUGAAAGAUAAGGAAGAGGUGAAGUCACCUGUAAACACAGACGAACAUGCUGAUCCUCCUGACACUAAAACAGAAAAAGUACCAGAAAACAAAACAGAUAACGAACAGCCCAUUUCAGACAAAAAGGAAACGAGUCAGAGCUCAGCCCCAAAACACAGCCCAUCACAAGUGGAAGAGAAAGAGGAAAUUAAAACUACAGACUCAUCACUUCCUGAAGAGGAGCCAGAGAUAAAGGAAAUCAAUGAUAAGCUCCCGCCGAAAGAAGAGAAAAAAAUUAACAAAUUAAAUAUUCCGAAGCUGGCGCUCAAUAAUAUAAAGAUGACAUCAAGACCCUCAGGAAAUGAGACAAACCUGGAGACAACACUGGACAAAAUCCGCAACAACAACCCGUCUGUCACGGAGAUAAACCUCAACAACAUCGAAAACAUUCCCAAAGAGAUGCUUCUGGACUACGUCAACGCCCUGAAGAAGAACAAACAUGUGAAAACCUUCAGUUUAGCCAACACCGGCGCUGAUGAAAACACAGCUUUCAACCUGGCCAACAUGUUACGAGAGAAUCGCAGCAUCACGACUUUGAAUAUAGAGUCCAACUUCAUAACCGGAAAGGGCAUCGUCGCCAUCAUUCGCUGCCUCCAAUUCAACGAGACUCUCACAGAGCUGCGUUUUCACAACCAGAGGCACAUGUUGGGUCACCAUGCAGAGAUGGAGAUCUCACGCCUGCUUAAGGCCAACAACACCCUCCUGAAGAUGGGCUACCACUUUGAGCAGCCGGGGCCCAGGAUGGUGGUGACCAACCUUUUAACCAGGAAUCUUGACCGCCAGAGGCAGCUGAGGAAGGAGGAACAGAAGCAGCAGCAGGCAAAGGAGCAGAGAGAGCUGAUGCAGAUGUAUGAGAACAGUCUAAACCUGCCUCCUGGUUUACUUCAGAUGCUCGGGUACAUACCACCUCUAGAGGUCCUGCAGGAGCAUGGGCUCAUCCCCCCCUCGUCAGAUCUGAGCACCGUACCUCAAACGCACCACCAGCCAGAACAACCAGAGCCUCAGAAGAAGCUCAAACACAAAAGCACUGCCAAACAACCCAGCGCUGAACCAGCAAAUGCACUGAAGGGCGUCCAGCUCAAGAGGACUCCCAAGAAACGCGACCCUUUUCUGGACCUAGACCCAAGGGAUAACAAGGCACCAGAGAGGCCAAGUUUCCAACUGAGGAAGACUCCAAAAGUGAAGCAUGGAGGCAGUGGAGAGGUGACAGAUGAAAAACCAAACCUGAGUGCCCUGAUUAAGACUUUGAAGCCCGUCCCUCGCAGACGAGAGCCACCUAAGGUUGACCUCACACCCCGUGAUCAACUCCUGAGUGACAUCAAGAAGAGCAAUGUGGCCUAUCUCAAAUCUGUGCCGCUCCCUAAAGUCCUGGAAUCAAGCGAAACGAGUCUCCUCUGAGGCGGCAACUUCAGCUGUUUGUUCUCUUCACCAUACUGUAUGUUUAUUUAACACGUAUUCUCAAAUGAACUGUGCAAAUAAGAGUGAACCAUACUUUCAUUACACAUUGAAAAUUUUGCCUGGUUGUUGUUCCACUCUUAUGUUAUCACACUCCUUGGGAACAUGCAACAGUAAAGGUAUAAACACUAACUCAAAACACCCUACAGUAUAUUUAAUUUACAUUAAAGUGUAUGGUAUUAUGUAUUUCAUCAUUCGCUAUAGCCAGUGCUCACAUAUUUCUUAAUGCUAGAAAAAGAAAAAUGUAAGUAGGUUUGUUUGAUUAAAUGCUAGCUGAUUUAUUUCAGAGCAAACUUGUUCAAUGUAUUUGCAUUUUGCUAUAAAAAAAAUCUUCCACAAUUUG